CUCAAAUGUCCGCUAAUCGAUAAGAUGAGCCUAACUCAUUUUGGUCAAUCAGGCUUGGCGACUGUUGACCCUGACUCGUGGAAUCGGUCUAGGUGUUGAUACACGUAGUCAGUUGCAGAUCCAAGAGAGUGGUGCUCGAUUGAUUAUGCGCAAUUCUACGAAGUCAAUUGAAAUAAUGUCGUGAUAGUUGAUAUGUGCAUUGAUGGCCACCUGAGCCUGAAGCGUCGUGAUGUGGCUGGACCGACUAACCACAGGCUCUGCAACACCCAGCGGCUCACUUACUCCCUCGAGAUCCUACUCUCCUGCUCCGCGCAAGAGCUCACACCUUUCUCCUUCUCAACGGUCGGGUCUUGUUCUUUCGGCAAACAGGUCAUCCUCUUCCCUUGACCUGCUAAGUGCAAACACUUCCACAGCCUCUCUGGUCCAACCGUCAAAACUUCCCAAUGGAUCUGCCUUGCGGUUCGAGGAGAAGCCGCCGCCUGAUGUUCCCGAUCCGCUGAAGGUGUUGAGAAACAUACUGGGACGUCCGGAUAAAGGAACAGUUGGCGGCCAAAAACCUGAGCGGGCCAGCUCGCCAACAGUACAUGAUGUCGACUUUGGUGGUCUUAGUCUACAAGAAUUCGUGGACCAAGAGACACCAUUGCGGCCUUCGAGUCUAGAUCGAACGAUCGAUGUAUCGGCCAAAGAGAACAGACAGAAAUACGAAGAUUUCCAUGCUUCCAUUGCAGAAUGUGACCGAGUUUUGAAGACAGUCGAGUCCUACCUGACCAACUUCAAGGCUGAACUUGGUCAAGUAUCUGCAGAAAUCGAGAAUCUACAAGCACGCUCAACCCAAUUAAACGCUAAACUCGACAAUCGACGGAACGUCGAAAAGCUACUUGGUCCUGCUGUCGAAGAUAUUAGUCUCUCUCCGUUCACUGUGAGAUCCAUCGCCGAAGGCCCGAUAGACGAGACGUUUGUAAGGGCGCUCGACGAAGUUGAAGCAAGAUCCGCCAUCAUCGAAGCUAAGGAGAAGAAAUCAGAACAGGUCCAGGCCUUACACGAUCUCAAGCCUAUCCUGGAUGACCUCAAAGCCAAAGCGAUUGAACGCAUACGAGACUAUAUCGUCGCGCAGAUCAAAGCCCUUCGCUCGCCCAACAUCAAUGCGCAAGUGAUCCAACAGCAAACCUUUCUGAGGUACAAAGACCUGUACGCUUUUCUCGCGCGGAAUCAUGCAGUCUUGGGGGAAGAGAUUGCGCAGGCAUAUGUCAACACCAUGAGGUGGUACUAUAACAGCCACUUUGCGCGCUAUCAACAAGCACUUGCUUCCUUACAACUCCAUGCCUUCGACCAGUAUGACCUGCUCGGCUCCGAACCUGUCCCAGCAAGGCGGAACGCCGCAUCGAAGACUGGUUCUCAACAUCACGACGUGUUCGGCCUCGGACGGAGAGAAGACGUGAUGAAAUCGAAGAACGAUUCGGCUCUGCCAGCCUAUCUGGUCGAAGACACCAAAUCGGCGCAUUACCUAGAAGUUCCCUUUCGCAAUUUCAACCUCGCUCUGAUCGACAACGUCUGCGCCGAGUACGCCGUUGUGACAGAGGUCUUUUCUACGAGUACAUUGCAGCAGAUCUCGCGUCGUGUCUCAGACAUUUUCGAGCCGACGUUCGCCAUGGGCCACAAUCUGACGAAGCAACUGGUCGAAGACACGAAUGAUUGUCUGGGCAUACUAUUAUGUGUCCGUCUCAACCAGCACUUUGCAUUUGGACUGCAGAGGCGGAAGAUCCCCGCGGCAGAUUCGUAUAUCAACUAUACCAACAUCCUCCUGUGGCCGCGCUUUCAGAAGGUCAUGGAUCUUCACCUCGAAUCGUUGAAGAAAGUACCUACUUCGACGAACCGAGGCGCGGCAGCCGCGUUUUCUCUUGUCGGUGGAUCCGAUACCAGAUCGUCUGUUGCUCCGCACGCCAUCACGCAACGAUUCGGUCAGUUUUUGCAGGGUAUCCUGAUGCUAAGCGCGGAAGCAGGUGACGAUGAGCCCGUUGCGAACAGUUUAGGUCGUUUACGGGCCGAGUUUGAAGCAUUGAUGGGCAAGCUUGCCAAGGGGGCCGGCGAUACGUCGAAGCGUGCUAGGUUCUUGUAUAACAAUUAUAGUCUCGUGUUGACUAUCAUUAGUGACACCAAGGGGAAGUUGGCUGAGGAACAAAAAGAGCAUUUUGGGUUCCUCGUCAGAGAUUUGAAGGGACGAUAGUAUAGUGGGAAGUCAAAUGAAUGCGAACAUCUGGACAUGCACCUUCAAAAGGCUGAACCCAUUUGGUUGGUCUCGGCUUUUGAGCAAUACUUCUGGUUCGCAAAGCUGCUCAAAUGCACGGGUGAAUGAUAUUACCACAAAGCAUACA